CAAGGAGAUAUCACCGGCUCCGUACCUAAGAUGUAAAAGCACCAUGUCUAUGUUAGAUCCUUGGCCUGUGAAACUACUGCCUGUAACGGGUCAUUACUAUGGUACAAAUACAUGUAUCAGGGCAUGGACGGAGGAAAAAAAGCGGGAAGAUGUGUCGUGUUAUGCAACAUUGCCUGUGCUUAUACGUGUGUGCAGAGAGCGCAUGGUUGACUGUGAACCUUGAUUAGGCGUUUUGUGUAUACAGCAGAUUGCAAUGGAUACGGUCUGGGGAAGCCACGCUGCCUGCUAGCCAUUAUUGGACCUCGUGAUUGUUUGGUCUUUUACCGAGUAGUUUUUAGUCUGGUUCAUGUGUGACCUUGCCUUGACUUUGUUAUCCGUUGACCCAAUGCGAAGAAGCCGAGCUGCACCAACAACAUUAGAUGCUACAUUAAUUAUACAGAGAGUUCAAACAGAGUGGAGUUUUAACGGUCGAAAAAAAUUAUGUUUUAAAAGACGAGCAAACCAUUUGGCAUAGCCGCAACUGCCUUUAGUAGCAGACAAGACCUGUGCCUUCAAAAACCAUCCACAUGCAAAACAAGCGCUCAUUUGUACCGAAGCAACUAACGUUGGAUCAACUUGUUUGUAAAAGCCUGGAUCCGGGUGGUAUCCCCGUAAAAGUCCCAGAGUGGCGUCGUCAAACUCCAACCACCACCUCACUCUUCCGGCCCCACCAGCGGUCGUACGGAGGCUCAGGCCGCCCAUCACAAUGGUCAUUCUCAGAUACUUUCGUUUUAUCUGCAUCAGCGGAGUAGUCAUCGGUACUAUUUCUUUUGUCCUUGGCGUUGUGGCAAUCGGCACUGGCUCAUGGUUGCUCUCCCAGGAGUAUCGCUUUGCCGAGUCCCCUGAUACUGGUCCGGAGCCUACCUCUACGGUAGUGAGCAUGUUGAACGGUACGAUGAACGGUACGAUGAACGACACGACGACACAAGGUACGGAUUUCAUGCCGACGACGACGGACAAUACAACGGGGGAGCAAAGCACUGUUGUACCCGGUGAAACUAGCUCCCCAACGGCACCCCACAUCAUCAGCGUUAGAGCAACCAGUGGUCUCUGGCAUCUUUGUCAAUCAGAAGAAAUAGAUGGUGUUACGGGUGGUAAGUAA